AUGACCAAAUUGGAUCCUCAAGUGGAACGUAUCGAGUUAUUGAGCUCACCGUUGAUCCUAGAUGAAUCAACAAAAGAUGAAGUUUAUCAAGUUGAUGAUGAUCCAAUAGAUGAGACCAAGACAAGGACUUUUAGAUCACAAUCCCCAUUGAGAUUCAGAGAAAGAUUGGCUGGCUUAUUUGGUGGUGGUGGUGGUGGUAGAGCUACUGUUGAUGAACAACUUAAAUCAAUUGCAGAUGCUGAAGAUCAACAACUGAAUAUGGAUCCGAUUGGUGAAGAACAUGAAACAAUCAAAUCAACAGAGACCAGAGGUUCAUCAUUAAUCAAUGAACAGCAAACUUAUUAUAAUACCAUCAGAAACCAAUAUAUUUCAGAUGUUGAACCAUUGAGUGAUCCUAGUAUUGAAAAUAAAGUCCCUAUUAAUGAUGUUCCACCUUCAAGAUUAUUUCUAUCAAUAUAUCCUGAUCAAGUUGAUUAUUUCAAAAGGGAUAAAGAUAUGACAUUGGAUAAGAUAAAGAAUUAUGAUUUGAUGUAUAAGUGGAACUUGUGGAGUGAUAAAAAUAUUUCAAAUGUUUCAAGACCUGGAACUUCAGCUUCAAAUGUUACAUUUUUAGAUAAUGAUCAAGCCAAAACAAGUGAAAAAAGACGAUUGAAAAAAGAGUUUCCAAUCUGUUCAAAGAUUAAACUUAAUGAAACUAUCUUACAAUAUAAAAAGUCAUUCAAACAAUCCAAUGAAACUUUCCAUAUUCAUAUUUUCAAAGAUGGGAUUAAACCAAAGAGAAAUAUAAAAGAAUUUGAAAAUGGAGGUAUUUUAGCAAUGCAAAGUUCAGAUUGUCAUUAUACUCAUUGGAAGUCAUUACUUCGGAUCUUUUUAGAUGAUAAAUUUCAUGGUGAAGAAUAUCCAGAUGUUUAUGCGUUAAAAGAUAAAGUUUGUGGUUUAAGUUUUAUUAUGAAGGAACAACAUAUUCUUUUAACUAAACUAUGGCUUAAAGAUGUUGAUAAAGAAAAAGUAUCACAACUUUGUCGUUUAAUUAGUGAAAACAUUCAUGAACCUUUAUUACUUCAUGCUCUUGAUAAUGCUAAAUUCAUGAAUAAUAAAUCACAAACAAUUGAAAAGGUAUUCUUUUAA